GAGAGGGGAGCUGAUGCUAAUGACACUUGCUCUAUGUAAUGUUCUAUCUAUGCAUCCUUAAAACGUGCUAUAUUGGAAAUCCCAUGCGUGUAGUCCCGUUGGGGUAAAUAAACAUCAAACGCCCGAAUAACCGAACAUACAGUACCUGUAGCCGAUCACGAGCAUCACAAGUAUAGAUGCAAUAAGGUCUGCUUAAAUGGCUACAGCGGAGAUAACCGACGACAAGAGCCCUAUAUGCAUGCCAUUUAUACUCGAACGGUAUAAGCAAUAUAGCGCCUCUAACUCUACUCGGCCCUUUAUCGUCGGACUGAAUGGCGUGCAAGGCGCUGGGAAGACAACUCUGGUAAAAGCCCUUGCCUCGAAGCUACAGAAUGACCAAGGUCUACAAACGUUGGUCUGCAGCAUUGAUGAUUUUUACCUGCGACAUGAAGAUCAAAAGGCACUGGCAGAGUCUCACCCGGACAAUUUGUUAGUCCAGGUCCGAGGCGAGCCAGGUACACAUGACAUGAACUUAGCUCGAGAUUUCUUCACGGCUUUAUGUAAGGGUCAGCCGGUUAAGAUUCCUCAAUAUGACAAGUCGGCCUAUUCGGGCCAGGGCGACAGGGUCCCAGAAUCGCAAUGGGAGACGAUUAACGGCCCGGGUCAACCCAAGAUUCAGGUGGUCAUCUUCGAGGGCUGGUGUGUUGGCUUUCGGCAUUUGAGUCCUGUAGAGGUGUCACUCAAGUGGAAUUCGCCAAGCAGGACGCUACACCGACACCCUUUAGAACACCUGAACUUCAUCAAUGAGCGCCUCCGGGACUACGAUGUCAUCACAGACAUGUUCAAUGCAUUCAUCCACAUCGACGCCGGAGAUACCGAAUGGGUGUACGACUGGAGGCUAGAGCAGGAAGCCAUGUUGCGGAGGGAGAAAGGGGCAGGUAUGACGAACGAGCAGGUCGUCAAGUUCGUCGAUGCCUAUUAUCCCGCGUACGAACUUUUUUCCGACAAGCUGAGAGAUGGGCUGUUCGCCGACAAACCCGGAUGUCAGUUGAGAUUAAUUGUCGGCAAAGACAGAAAAGUCAAACAGACAGUCAUCGUUUGAUACGCGAACAAGCGGGUAUCUUACCAAGUAGCCUCACUUAAUGUGACAAGGCCCAAUAGCAUCAUUUGUUGCCGUACAUAGAGCACCGGAUUGAAGGCGCAAACACCAUAGCUCCAGUCCAUGUUAUAAUA